GCCAUCUACUUCCUCCUCCUCUUCUUUGCCAUCUCCAUCAUCAUCUUUUUUAUCUCCAUCAUCGUCGAUAAUAGCACGAGGUUCUUGCAUAGUUGACUUGACCUCCUCAGAUGAUGACGUGGUCCGUGCCUCAUUUGAUUGUGCUGUGGAGGACAUGAACUACUGUCUGCAGCUCCACAUCAACAACUACUGCCUUCACCUUAAUUCAUAUGAGGAUUCUGAUAAGAGCAAAAUUAUGAAACAACUAGCUGACCAUCUGAAUGCAUUACACCUCAAAGUUCCCAAUGUUGUCACUGUGAUUGAGAAUAGCUGUGGGGAGGAAAAGAUGUUGAUUAAGGACGUUGAAGACUUGAAAAACUUGCAGAUUCUCAUUGAGGACAAAUCCAGAAUCGGUUUUGCCAUUGACACAUGUCACCUAUUUGCCUCUGGCGUAGACAUAAGAGUUGAAGAAACGUACGAAAACUUCUUUGAAAGGUUUGAGCAAGAAAUUGGUAUGGAUAGCCUCAAAGUCAUUUUUCUCAAUGACAGCCAAGCAGGAGUGCUAGGCUCACAGGAAGAUGAACACGCAUCGAUAGGAGAUGGAAACAUUGGAGUUGAUUGCUUCAAAAGGAUCGUCAACGACGUCAGAUUCAAAAAUAUUCCUUUCAUCUUGGAAACACCUAUUGCAGAACAUUCUAAAAACUUUGAUACAGUUUAUGGUUUAAUUACUACAGGCUAAUUUUUAUAAUAAAAUUUUUUAAUUUUAUAUUUUUUGGAUAAACUGCUUUUUCUACAUUUUACGAUUAUGUAAUAAAUUAUAUCAUUUUUUGAUGUUGUUUUGAAACGUAAAGUACUUGCAUGUAUGUAAUUGCAUUUUUAUGUAGUAUAAUUAGGAUUUUCUUGCAAUUUUAUAUCAAUAAAAUAUGCCAAAAU